AGUACGGGACGGUCGGUGCGAUCAGUUGAUAGGGUUGCAUUUCAGGCUCGCUGGUCUCGUGUUCAGUUGUUUCGUUUUCGUCUGCACGAGCUAAAGAACACAGAAGUACUGAAACCAGUGACGCACGUUGUCAACAACCUGUAAACACCCAGCUGCAUCGGCCGCAGGUACGAAGCAUGGAAGCUGCGGCGGGUGACGGGGCCGCCGACUGUCCGACGGACACCACGCAGCUCCUGGACCGCGUGGAGGCGCCGUGCCUCAAGCACGAGCCGACGAUGCGCUUCAUGCGCACCCACGGCCGCCUGUUUGUCCUGGUGCGCGGCCCGCCCGGUUCGGGCAAGAACAUCGUGGCCGCGGAGCUGGAAGAGCUGUACCCGGGCUGCCGCGCCUACUGGUCCGACAAGCUGUUCAGCUCGCCCGUCGCACCCGAGAGGAGCACCGUCAGCAUACGCGAGUCGCACGACCUCUGCCUCAGCAAAAUCGAGGGUUUCAUGAAGAAUGACGUGCCCAUGAUAAUAAACAGGAACACGAAUGUCAUGGUGUGGGAGAUCGCCAAGUUUCUGGUGCUGGCCUCUAGAUACGGCUACACCGUCAUUCUUGUCGACAUGCCGCAUCAUUUCGUCCUGGAUCCCAAGGUUCUUACGGCGACGAACAACAAGGGUCUGGGCGAGCCGUACAUCACCAACCGAGUGAGGCAAUGGGAAGAGGUGUACCCCUUCGCCACGGGUUGGUCACCGAGACCGAAGGACGCGGCCCGGCUGCUGCUUCGAUUCCGGCAGCUCAGGAAGAUGCUGCACGAGGAAGACCCCACUCUGGCCCCAAAAGACGUCGCCAGCAGUCACGUGUUUCCAUUCUGCCUGGCGAGGGUGUGCGUCUUUGGGCGAAUCACAGCGGAGGGCGAUUACUGCAGCAGCGAUAAGGUGAAAGCAGCCUACGGGCGCAGCGACACUGUUCGCGUGUUCGGCUACGCCGUCACUCGAGGCUUCGUGUUCGCCAUGGCGGAGCUCACCGAAGAGCAGGCGUCGCUCGUGAAGGGUCACGACCAUGGUGGAGCGGGCGGAGCGGUUGGAGCGGGCGGAGCGGGCGGAGCGGGUGGAGCCGAGGAAGAGGAGGUGGAUGCACUGACGCAGCGCAUGUGUCUCAGUCUCAGCCCUUACAACUGGGAGGAUGUCGCCUGCAUCGUUGAUCUCGCCAAGUUCGCGCCGGAAGAAUGCGGCGCGGAGUCCGAGGAAGAUGCUCUGCGUCAUUCUAAGGACAGGAUUGAGCUCAAGGGCACACAGCCGUCGAGGAUCACCAUCAUGCCCCUGGGCUCGGUGGAAGGAACUCAGUACAGCUACAGUCGAGCCGUCGGCGCCCCGUGGGCUCUGCUGGCUUCGAAGCUGCGCGCCUGGACUACAGCGACGGCGGAGGGAGCCGCGAAGAAGGUCGGAGACGUUCACGUCUACGCGGCUACGGAAACUGCGGACGAGGCCUGCUGCCUCCUGGUUGACGACAAGACCGUGGAGCUGGAAGUCGUUUUCACGGGCUACUACCAGCCACACACGACCACGCUGAGCCGGAACACCUGGUCAGUGGCGAGGAACCCGGUUGGCGGGAGACCCCGAAGGCGGGGCGGGUACGCACGCUACUACUGAGCACGUGUCCAGCGCCAGGCUCUGAAGGCACGUCCGAAACCGUGACGAAAAAAAAAAAAAAAAAAAAGAGGAAUGCAAUCUGGAGGGACUCCGUGACACCGAGGCGCAACAGUCAACCGCGUCCAGUGUUAAGGACGUUCCGUUCCGCUAUCAGCGUGCAAUUGCAUAACCUUCGUGCCUUCACUGCACUUUUCUUCUUUCUUCUUCGCAUUGGCGACCCGGCCAGUUCUUCGUUCAUGUUGUUUCAACCGUAUGUGCCAAAUAAAAUGUGCUUUUGUCAUUUUUUU